CUGACCAGGAAAAUGAUCACGAAUAUAUUUACACUUUUUUCUUUUCACAGGGUCGGAAAGAAAUUUUUUCUUGCUUGAUCACGUUUGGUGUCAAAAGUAAUAUAGUGUAUGAAUAUGUCGAGUUUGAUCAGUCAAGUUCUACCACCCACUUUCAAUGACUGGAUGUGGAUAACUUUGUAUGAGCGUGCUUUUGGGUCUCCCCAAAAGGCCUGAAGUCUUCGUGCAAGACCAAAAGAGAAGACUUUGUUCUUGAUUUAACAACAUAUGCCUCAAGAUGCUAUAGAACUACAGAAUGAGAAACAUGGAGAUCGAUUACACUCAAAUUAUGUACAAGGAGAAGCUUGAAUUCCUCGAUAUACUCAAAGAAGCUCUUACAAUUCCCCAGAAACAUAUCAACUUUAUCAUCUUCAGCCUUCUCACCUCCUUACCUUACUUCUGUCUUUCAGUUUUCUUUGAGAUUGUCCUCCAGCAAACGUUGCUUAAAACCUUCAAGUUCUUCACACCCGUGUCUUCAGAUUACUUUUACUAUGACUGGGAAUCAUCAAUUGCCUUGCAUGAUGAUUGGCAUAGAUCUAAGGGGAAUCUUUCUGGUGAAUGGAUUAAACUCUGUCUUUUUUACCUGGCACCAUAUCAUCUUCUAGGGCUCCUUAACAUAGUCAUGACUGUUAAUGCAGCAUCCAUGAUAUAUGCAGGAGAGAAACCAAUCCGCCUCAGAGAUAUCUUGGUACAGAAAACAAGCAUUGUUGAUGAAAUACUCAGAGUGGAGUGCUGAAUGGAACAUGGCUCUUGUGAUCUCAGUAUUGGAGGAGACGUAUGGGAUCGAAGCAUUUGAACUCUCGACUUAUUUUAGCAGGGGUAGUACCCGGCGUGGACUUCUUUUGAUGCUUGUUUUCAUUGUAUGGGAAAUUGUCUUCAGGUUGCCCUGCCUCUUUGGGUGGUCCAGUGAGGGGCUUGGAGCCAUUUUGUUCACCUCUGUAUUCACUUGCUUGAUUUGUGUAGGGAAUUUGAUGAAGUGGGUGGUUUGCGUGGUAUAUUUCCUUGAUUGCAAGAAGAGGAUUUUAGAGAAAAAAGUUGACGAGGAAGUCGGAAGUGAUGGUAAAGUUGUCAACGUUUAAGUUCUUAUUCCAUUAUGUAAGCACUAGGAAUAAGCAGAAGAAACCAAAGGGCAGUCAUGAAAAGAAGCUAAAGUUUUAUAGAUGCUUAAAUAUUCUGAUAAAAAUUAUGAUGGCUUGUUGCAGCAUUUAAUUUGUUGGGAAAUGUUGGUAGCAUUCUAGUGGCAAAGUAGCACUUGAAUCAUUACAUACAGAUCUUACCACAUUUCCGUUCUAAUUUCUGCUAUACUAUUCCCUUUUGAAUUCAGGGCCAUUCCUACUUCCCUCUCUUGGCUCUGCUAGCUGGAGAAUACCAGUUGAUAUUAUCUAUUUGUGUUAUAACAAGAGAAAUAGCCAGAAUUUGUGUUACAUUAUUAUUACUUCCCUUUGAUAUUGUCUAUUUGUGUUGCAGAGGUCACCACUGCUCUAUCUGAAUGCAUUUUACCCUCCCUUUGUUUGGU